AGCAAGAAACGUGUCCUGUUGCGGUAAUUUGUCUUAACUGGAAUGAUUGUGUGAUACCUUGUUUCUCUUUGUCUUCUUUAGGUUAAUGGAGCUAGCACAAAGGAUUUAACACAUGUUCAAGUCGUCAGGCUUGUUAUUACAUCUGGUCCUUGCGUCACAUUUUCUUUGAAGUCAGGUAGCAGACAGAGGAGAUGUUCCUCAAGGCGGCAACCCAUUAGAGUGCAACCCACCCCUCUAAGAACCCAGCAGAGAGGAUCACAAGAUGUUACUCCCCUAGGAAGCCCAUCUUUUACACAGUUCCAUCUUCCUGGCUAUCCACUCAAGCAGCAUGGUGCAGUAGUGGAUUCUCCCUCCCAGCUUCCUAUGGAUGUAAUGAGGCUUGACUGUAUGCCCCCUCCUCCAUACACCCCUGAGGUACCAUCCAGACACAGAUUGUUAGCACAGGGAUGGGAGGGACAAGGACCACAGGAAUCCCCUUACCAAGAAGAAUCACAGGACAACCAUCACCAACAAGAACAACAGGGAGACCCUAACGGACAAGAAGCACGGGACGUCCCUAACCAAGAAGAGCAAGUAGACAGCGCUUCCCAACAAGAACUACAGGAAUCCCAUCACCAACUAGGUCCACAGAAUACCACAUACCAACAACAAAUACAGGAUAACCCUUACCAAGAGGAACUACAAGGCUACCAUUGCCGAGAGGUUGCCCUGGAAGUCACAGAUGAAAGACAGUCAUCAAAUACAACGUUGUACUUAUUAGAUCCAGCUACAGGUAUCAGUGAUGGUAAUAAAGCAAAUUUUGAGAAAAAAAUGCCAGAUUCAUUUCAGCAUGGCAAUAUAAUAGAGCAAGAGUAUAUACCAAACCCAGUAAUAAAUGCCAUGCUACUAGAACAGAAGACAUCAUCAGAAGAAAGAGAACCUGUGAUCAAUGAAACCACCAGAGAUACAUCAACAUUAUUGGAUCCAGCUGUUGGCAAUAAUGAUUUGUCCUCCACAAGCAAGUCACCAGCAGCAAGCAAUGGAGGAGAAUCAUUCCUCAGCCAGAUAAGGCAGUUUAACAAGGAAAAGCUGAAGAAACUGGCCACAUGGUCUUCUGAGAAGUGUCAAAGCAUCUCCAGUGGAAGUUAUUACACUUCAGAUGAAUUAAAAUGGAAAGAGGGUGGAAAGGAUAGCAUACAAUACAAUGGUAAACAGGAGAACAUAGAUGCUACUAACUUGCUAUCUGUUCUUAAUCGGGUUAUGAAAAACAGAGCAAGAGCAUUACAUGACACUUUAAGCAGUGCAGAUGAAGGUGAAAGUAGUAAUGAUGAUGAUGAUGAUGAUGAGUGGGAACUGUGAUUUGCCAUCAAUCUUCUAUUUGCUGAGAAUCAAGCUUUAAUUGUUUUGUCGUGUUAUGCUUGCCAAUGUAUGAGCUAAGUGUCGUGUUAUGCCUGCCAAUAUAUGAGCUAAGUGGCUUAUCACAGGGUAGGGCUUUAAAUGCAUGUUUUUCAGCUUUAAGUGACCAGUACUACAUGUACUUCCCCUUAAUGGGAUGCUUGUCGACUAUGACACAAUCUUUUUUCCAGCAGUUUUUUAGGUUUCUGUGACAGUUUUCCAGUACCCAUAAUUUAUUCACCUUGGUCGUAAUGUGAAGAGAGACAAUCAAUGUGAAGUUCAAAGAGUCUGGUAGACCAAAAGCUGUGAUCAGAUAUUGAACCAUCACAGUGCGGCUACUCAAACCGGACCACUUGGAAAAGAGUUUUAACCAACUGGUUAGAAAGUUACUUGAGAACAAAGGAUAGUGAUCUUUUUCUUAAAUAAACCAAUAACAUUGAGGAAUACAAACUACAAUAAUUCUAUAACAAAAUUAAAAACCUAAUAAAAAUGUGGAGUGUUGCCGACCUCUCAGAAAACUUUGCAAUUUGUUGAUUAGCUAGUUUUGAUCCUAACUUUUGUGUGCAUUUCAACAGUUUUGGACAGUUUAAUUGUUGCAAAACAAUUUUCAAGCUAAAUUUCAGAAGAAAUUGAUAAAUAUAAUGAUAAUUUGCCAUCAUUCACAAGGACUGAAUCUCUAGAGUGUAUAUAAUACAGAGAAGUCAAUUAUGUAUUCAUGUCAAACAGACUCUUACUUGCCUUCAUGAAAAAGAUAGCGCUCCAUUGUUCUCAGUUUAUGUUCUGAUUGGUUAGUGUUCUUCUAGGUGACCUGGUUGAAGCAGUCACACUAUAACUGUCAGAUCUCAAGUCUGAAGCAUGAUACCUACUUGAUCUUUGGACAUGCCCUUUCAUAAAAAUGAACUUGGGAAAGUCAUGCAUAUAAGUAACCAUAGUCACGUAGCAACAACAAGGACAUAUCUCCUUUUUAAUUAUAAGGUGUACUGACAAUAAUUUUUAACAUCCAGACUUCAGGAAGCUCAAGAAAGAUCUGAAUUUCCCAGUCUGCAAGAUUUGCAGGUGAAUGUGAUAUUUUCCCCAGAGUCAGAGUUUAGUCUAAAGGCUUUAGGAUAAGUCGUUUGUGACCAAAUCAAAUUUCAUGAGGAACUUAUUUACAACCCAGCCACAAUAAGCUGACAAAACUUGUUUGACUCUACCAAAAGUGCCAACAAUGCUUCUCUCCACCAAAUUUUCAUUUUUCUUUCAAUCAGUCAGUCAGUCAGUCAGUCAAUCAAUCAAUCAGUCAGCCAUUCAAUCCAUCUCAAUCAAUCAGUCAGUUAAUCUUUCAAUCAGUCAGACAGGCAGGCAGGCAGACUUUCAGCAGUCAUUCAGUAAGUUUUCACAAGAUUUGGAUAUCAGUUGAAAAAGGUGGGUAGAGUUUUUCUAAUUGUGCUCUU